CCGGUCACGUGAUCAGGAGUAAGUUCCUGCUGUGGGUUGAGGGAAAGAAAUCGACAUUUAGCCACGGGAGAAACGCAGUUUGCGGCCUGUGGAAGCCCUCUCCAUGGCCUCACCAGUCUCAGUGUUUCACUCCAGUGUCUUGGACACACACAUCUCCAGUCCUUCCAGAGACUCACUCAGGAUGGAGUUGUUAGCAGAUGUGUCUCUGCUGCCAGGAGAAGACCGGAUUAUAGAUAAAGACAUCAUCUACAUGUGCCCAUUCAGUGGAGCUGUAAAAGGGAAAGUGCUGAUCACCAACUACAGACUCUACUUCAAAAGCUCAGACUCUGAUGUGACAGUAAUGCUUGAUGUUCCAUUGGGCACCAUAAGUCGGGUGGAGAAGAUGGGUGGAGCAUCAAGUAGAGGAGAAAAUGCCUAUGGCUUAGACAUCACCUGCAAGGACAUGAGGAACUUGAGGUUCGCUUUGAAGCAGGAAGGUCACAGCAGACGAGAUAUCUUUGAGCUCCUCUUCAGAUAUGCCUUUCCUGUCUCACACAGUCUGAAUCUGUUUGCAUAUCUGACUCAGGAGAAGUACGAGGAAAAUGGCUGGAACAUCUACAAACCCAUAGACGAGUUUAGACGACAGGGCCUGCCGAAUAACAAGUGGCGUAUUACAUUUGUCAAUAAGAGCUACGAGCUGUGCGACACCUACCCCACGGUGCUGGCUGUCCCCGCCAACAGUAAGGACGAAGACCUCAAGAGAGUCGCUACCUUCAGGUCAAGAGGACGCAUACCGGUUUUAUCGUGGAUCCACAGAGAAAACCAGGCGGUGAUCGUUCGGUGCAGUCAGCCGCUCGUUGGUAUGUCAGGUAAAAGGAACAAAGAUGACGAACGCUACCUGGACCAGAUUAGAGAAGCAAACGCCACCACCAAGCUGACCAUCUAUGAUGCUCGGCCAAGUGUCAACGCUGUGGCCAACAAGGCCACUGGAGGCGGCUAUGAGGGUGAUGAGUACCAAAACGCAGAGCUCGUCUUCCUCGAUAUCCAGAAUAUCCACGUCAUGAGGGAAUCCUUAAAGAAACUAAAAGAUAUCGUUUACCCCAAUGUGGAAGAGUCACACUGGCUGUCCAGUCUGGAGUCGACACAUUGGCUGGAACAUAUUAAGCUGGUGUUAUCGGGAGCGAUCCAGGUAGCGGACAAAGUUUCCAGUGGAAACUCUGUGGUAGUUCACUGUAGUGACGGCUGGGACCGGACUGCUCAGCUCACCUCACUGGCCAUGCUGAUGCUGGACAGUCACUACCGCACUCUCAGAGGAUUCCAGGUGCUUAUUGAGAAGGAAUGGAUCAGUUUGGGACACAAGUUUGCCUCUAGAAUAGGUCACGGUGACAAGAACCACGCAGACCAGGAUCGAUCACCCAUCUUUCUUCAGUUCAUCGACUGCGUUUGGCAGAUGACUAAACAGUUUCCCACAGCGUUUGAGUUUAAUGAGCGCCUUCUGCUGACAAUCUUGGAUCAUCUCUUCAGCUGUCGUUUUGGAACCUUCCUAUACAACUGUGAGAGUGCACGAGACCAAAACGAGCUGAGGUUGAAGACGGUGUCUCUGUGGUCUUUAGUCAACAGUAAGACAGAACUGUAUUUAAAUCCGUUCUACACUCCGGAGUCGGGCAGAGUCCUCUAUCCUGUCGCCAGCAUGCGCCACCUAGAGCUUUGGGUAACAUACUACAUCCGCUGGAAUCCUCGUAUACGACAGCAGCAGCAGAGUCCGGUGGAGCAGCGUUACAAGGAGCUUUUGGCGCUCAGAGACGAAUACUUGAAGAAGCUGGAGCAACUGCAGCUCUCUGACUCCUCCCCUUCCUCUCGGCUGGCCAACAACUCCACCCCCAACACCUCGUCGUCUGCCUCAUCCUCACCGUCGCAGCAAUACACAGACCUUCAAACGCCCUUCUGAGUGCCGGUGACACACACACUGAUUCUUAUUGACUUGCACUUAAUAUCGUCUUCACUCUGGUUUCUUUGAGUCCCACACAUGCAGGGAAUCGAGUCUUGUGCGGUCCUAACAGCGGCUAGCAAAGAUUGAGCGUAAUAAUUAGAGGUUAGCUCGUAACACCAUCGUAGAGAUAAUGGUGAAUUAUGCAAUACGUCACAGUCCAGCCUAGUCCAGACUUUUUGCUUUGGUUUUGUUUUUAUGCACUCUGGCCUUAAACGCGUUCCGUGGCUUUUAGUCCCAAGGGCUGAACAUACAGGACCCGGAGCAGAGGCAUAGCUGCAGAUUUUACAGACGCCAUGUCGUGAUCUGUUUUUGUUCAUACAAACACAGACACGCACGUAUUUUCAGCAAUAACUCUCUUUACUACUGUCGUCUGAUAACAGGAUAAUGUUUUUGAAAAUCAGGUCGAGAGCAUCUCUGUGGUUUCACCACACCAGAAGUGUGUAACGUUUGGCGUGUUCUAGCAUCGCACAGCUCUGUCAAACAUGGAAAUAUAUGCCUGUGGUGUUCACGCUGCAUUGUGACGAGUCGAGAUGGCCACCAAACAGGGAACAAAAAAAUUAAUUACACGCUACAUGCAACUUCAAAAUCAUGCACGUGGUGAGAGAAUGAAGUGUCUGCUUCAUAAGAAAUACUUUCCACCUGUUUGUGUGGACGUGUCUGUUAUUUGAGUUUUAGAAAGCAAAGUGCUAUUAAACAAUCAUAAAAUAACAUUUCUGUGCAGAAAAGCUCUGUCUCACAGAACCCGUUCAGUGUACACCUAGCUCAGCUUCUCCCGCCCCCUUUUUUCAGCCACAUGCGUACAAAAUCGUUUCUGCAGAGUCAUGUACAUUUGUAACAGUAUUAUUUGAGUUUUAGAACAUAGCAGCUUGGAAAGUGGAAAUUAAAAGUAACAUUUUACUUCUUGGAUUUUCUGUAUGUCUAAAUGUAAAUGGCUUCUCUAUCAGUAACAGACACACCUGCUCCUCAUCCACCAUUGACUCAGCAUCUGCUAACCAUCCAGCAGGGGGCAGCCAUGUCUAUGUGGUGUUACUUAAGCAAAACAAAGUUGCUUUUUGCAUUGAUUUGGUGCAUAAAAUCUAAUUGUUUUGUCCUCAGUAUUUUCUUUUUAAUUUGGGGAGUUGCAAAAUUGUAGCAUUUAUUGUUUGUAGGUUUUUUGUUUUGUUUUGGUUUGGUUUUUUUGAGUCAUGUUAACAAAUGAAAGAGGACGGACUCAUUUAUUGAUCUAUUCACUCACUGUAUUUUACAGGGCGCAUCGGUUUUUCCAAAACCUAAGAAUACAACCCGGUUUGCAUUUUAAUCCAUAUUCUAUUUCACAUGUAGAAAUUAUGUGUAGUAUUGUAUCAGCCACAGUCAGUUUCUGUUUUUCUAAUACUUUAAAGGACAAGUCAAGGCAACAUUUUGUCUGGUGCCGGUGUAAAUUAGAGUAACACAAUAUGUGUGUUUAACAGUUGACACUGGAAACAUUUUAUUGAAAUUGUCAGUUGUCGUCUUCAGCGUAAAUUAGAGACAAUGAUUUUAUUCUGUGAUUUAUUUUUUAACUUAUUUAUCCAUUGGGUGUUUUUGUAUUUUAUCUGCACAACUCUAAAGUUAAUCCUCUCCAAAAUGUUUGCUAACUAGCCACAUAAAACAGAUCGAGUUGUUGAAUGCCUUAUUUUUUAUUUUAUUUCACGUUUGACAGAGUUAGCUGCAACGUUCCGCUAACCUAAGAUAGCAAAUAAGCACUUUUCCGAAGAUGUCAGAAAAUCCAUUUUAAUACUUGAUUUUUUUUUUCUUUUAGAGUUUUAGUGCUUUUUGUGUACUUGUUGAUUAUUCACCUACAUAAGUACAUACACUGUAGUUUUAUGUUGUUUGAUGACUCUUUGUUGAAAUUUAAGAGCAUAGGAAGCCAACAGACCGCCUCAGUCUGAUGGAGAUGCAACUUCUUCAAGAUAAAAACUAAUUUCUGCAAUUUUUAUUUAGUUUUUUUUUAACACCUUAAAAAUCUCUCGGAUCUUACCGUAGAUGUUUGAAGUCUCUGGUGUCAGUGUUUAUCUGCUCUCAGUAAGCGGCUGGGUGGUGCUUAGAAUUUCCUACCUCACGCCUGAGUCCUGCUACGCUGCCGCUCCGAGUCCUGUGUGAACAAAAACAAAGUGUAAACCCGCUCACCGUGUUGUGCGUCUUUUGAUCACGUGCCUGCGUGCGGCAGCGCAGGGCCGACGCGGCAGGGAGGCUUCAUCCUGCUGCUCUCCUGAGCUGCAGCGCUGCAGUAGCAGAACUUGACUCACAGUAGCCGAGGAUCCUCCGGCGAGGCUGAACGUGUCAAACCCGAUGCAGUCCGACGGCGUUUUGCGGUGCUGCACGUAGCGCACACGGGACCGGCUUCUUGUCAAGAAUCACUGCGCACGAUUUUCUGUUCAUAUUAAAUCCAUGUUCUGGAUCGGGAAACCCGCUUCAGCGUCCACACAUUACAAACCGCUUCAGGAAAACCAGGCACAUGUUCCUUUAGGACACGUGAUGACUUUUUUUUUUUUGUGUGUUUAAACAACAAUUUACACAUUUUGUACAUUUCAACUGGAAUUUGUCGAUAGACUGUUUUGUUUCUUUUUCUUCCGGUUGUUGUGUUUUCAUCUGUCAGUCUGACUGCAGAUGAUAAAUCUUAAAAAAGGUUUAUGGAUUACAGAAAGUCUUUGUUUGACAUCGCUCAGGGUGGAACCCCCACGUAAUUUUUAUUUUAUUAUUACUUUUUUGUGAUUGAAUGACAUCAUAAUAUGAUUCUUGUGGCCUUAAAUACUGAUCAGUUCUGUCCAAAGUUGAACCACUUUAUCUCUGACGAACACCUUGACUUGGACCUUCAAGUUUAAUAGUAACCAUAGUUGUAUCAUGAAUCCUUUCCUUGAACUCCCCUUUUCUAAUUAUCCCCAUAUUUAAGUAUUGGGCCAAAUUCUGACUUUUAACUUUUUUUUUCUUUCUCAAAAUCAGCUCUUUGUGUUUGUCUGGCCUUCGAUCAUUCUACUACAUUUGGUCCAAAUUGGAUCACAACUCCAAGUCACGGGACUGAAAACGAUUCCCCCCCACGUACGCGGUGUACCAGCCUUUUAAUCCAUUGAGUGAUUGUAACAUGUAUGUUGUUUGUUUUGUGGGUGUGGCUAAUUAUUGUCUUGCAGUCUGCUUGUUUGGCCACUUUCAUCUUGGACUCUGAUGUUAAUCAGCCCAUUAGUCGUCGUCAUCGAAAAUGUUGGCGUUGAACUCGGGACAUCUUAUCGUAACUGGUAGGAAUGAAGGGAAAACUUUCAGCCCAGAUGUGUGAAUUAAUGGAAUGAUGGGAAACUUUAAUCAUAUAAUCAGCUGGACUUGAUCAGAGGACACGAGGUUUUUAGUCGCGUCUAUGAGCAGGUUUGGUGCUGUUGUGGAAAUUGUCAUCCACACAUCAGCGUGUGUGUGUGUGUGUGUGUGUGAGACAAUAAGGGGAAACUCGAACCAGUUUCUCCAUCGCGACAAUGGAAUUCAGGAAUCUGAAGUUUCCUGAUGGAACGAGUUUGCUGCUAAUUCAAAAAGCUCCCGUUCUGGUUACUUUGAGUGAAGUGAUUCAUACAAACUCAGCCAGAAAAAAAAAAGGCCAGUGUGCUUUUGAAAACGUUUCCAAACAUACACGUACUGUAUCAUGCUGGUGAUGGGAUUUGUUUUUAUUUUAAUAUAUAUAAUCAGUUAAAGUUCUCAGAUUCUGUCAGUUAGACAGAACAAAGUAUUUGUCCAGUAGUCCUCAGUCACUGACAGUAUUCUUCAAUGUGAGUCAAAAGCUCAUUUAUUGGGGAGGUUUACUGCACCGUCUGUCACAUGAUGAACACGUGUGCAGUUGUGAUAAGCUGUUUGAUUUUGGUUGUUUCAGUUCUUGACUGAAAAGCAGAAUAAAACAUUGUGAGAGGAGCUUCAGGUCAGUUGUCAGUGUUGUCAUCAAGGUCCACGCUUUUGGCUGCCAAAGCCCUCAAGGUCCAGACCAAGGCUUUAAUUCUCAAGAACAGCAGUUGUUUCCUGUAAAAAUAGAGUUCUGUACAGUACAGGUUGUUUAGGAUCUAAAUUGUAUAUGAAAACACAAAAAUUCCCUUUGACAAAAUCUUUGAAUCAUCAUGACCAAAGCCUGGAAAUAAAUGGGUCUUCGGGAGCUUAGAGGCCAUUAACAAGGCACUGCAACACUGAGCUCAAAAAUCUUUUUCCAAGUUAUCUUGUAUUCAUGGUCAGAAUGUACUUUAAUUUAUUGGCAUAUGUUAAAAGUAUAUUGGGGAAAAAAAAUACUUUUUUCAGGUUUAUAUUUAUAAAUCCCUUUGUUUUCUUCCUGUAACAACAGUAUACAUAUUUUUGCUGAUACGACUCCUCCUGUGAAGUCAUAUUUGAUUUGAUUACAGGUGAUUGAUCAGCUGAACCUUUGCAUCUUCUAAAACUCUACUUCUCACUUAAUCACUGUUGGCCAACAAGUAAUUAUGGCCUGUGGUCAAAGAUGUGUUUGGAUAUUGGUGGAUAAAUUCAUUAUCAUUUUCUAAAGUGUCUGAAUUGUUCAAAUGGAGGACUCUGAUUUAAAAAUUUUUUUUUUAAAAAGUGUGAAUGGAAGAGCUAAUGCUAACUCGCCAUACUUCAAAGUAGUGUGGUAUCGGUCUCCGUGAUCACUAAGCUCCACCCACAUUCAAACUAAUUAACUCAGGGCCAGCGUGGAGCUCCUUAAUUGCAAAAUCUCUUUUCACUUGGCAAUCAAACACAUCAGGAAAGUUCACUAUUGCUACCAAACCCAAAGGAAACAGGGUA